ACCCUGGAUCACAGAAAGGGACUUGAGAUGCUACAUUUUUUUAAGGCGAACUAGCAUUUCUGUUCUAUACCUCUUUUUUACGUUUUUUGUCAAGAUGUAACUAUAAUGUAUUUGUAGAUGUUUUGUUUUUUGUUUUUCCCCCGCUGUAAUAUUUUUAAUAUGUUACUUUUAUGCGGUUUAUAGGCGAAACUAAGUAAAUGAUGUGGCUUUCACUAGCUUAUUAGCCAGGGGAAAGUUAGCAAAGUAGUGGCUGGCUGAACUUUUAGCUAACUGUGUCAUAAAGUUUUUCUUCUCUGGGCGUUUCAUCGAAGAUUUAAAUGACAUUAUAUCCUUAAUCAACUCAGUUCGAAGGCAGGGGAUCUCCAUCUCUUUAUUUCCGGUCAGAAUCAGGAAUCUAUAGAAACCAGGUCAGAAUAAGGUUUGCUGUCAUGUCAGAGGCAGAGGAGAAAGCUGAUCCCGGUACUGAUGCGAAGGCAGAGUUCACAGCAGGAAAUCAGUCCCCGGGUACAACGCAGGCACAAGGCGGGACACCUGCAGCUGGGUCAGCGAAGCCUGCUGCUGCCUCAGCGACCGAGGAUGAGGAUGAGAGCGAAGAUGAAUGUGAGAUCCUGGAGGAGAGUCCAUGUGGCCGCUGGCAGAAACGUCGAGAAGAGGUCAAUCAGCGUAACGUCCCCGGGAUAGACGCUGCAUACUUAGCGAUGGACACAGAGGAGGGAGUGGAAGUAGUCUGGAAUGAAGUCAUGAUUUCAGAAAGGAAAAACUUCAAACCUCUAGAGGAGAAAGUCAAGGCUGUAUUUGAUAACCUUAUUCAUUUGGAACAUGCCAAUAUUGUCAAGUUUCACAAAUAUUGGGCUGAUACUAAGGACAACAGAGCAAGGGUGAUUUUUAUCACUGAAUAUAUGUCAUCUGGAAGCUUGAAGCAGUUUCUUAAGAAAACAAAGAAGAAUCACAAAAGUAUGAAUGAAAAGGCGUGGAAGAGAUGGUGCACGCAAAUCCUGUCUGCGCUCAGUUAUCUCCACUCGUGUGAUCCACCGAUUAUUCAUGGGAACCUUACCUGUGACACAGUCUUCAUUCAGCACAACGGGCUCAUUAAGAUUGGAUCAGUUGCCCCAGACACCAUUAACAACCAUGUGAAGACGUUCCACGAAGAGCAGAAAAACUUGCACUUUCUUGCCCCUGAAUAUGGAGCUGAUAACGACGUGACCACGGCUGUAGACAUCUACUCAUUUGGCAUGUGUGCCUUAGAGAUGGCGCUUUUGGAAAUUCAAAGAAACGGAGAGUCCUCCUACAUUUCUCAGGAAGCCAUCGACAAUGCUAUACAGUUACUGGAAGACCCGCUCCAGAGGGAGUUAAUCCAAAAGUGCCUUUCGUGUGAUCCCAGUAUAAGGCCUACAGCCCGGGAGCUGCUGUUUAACCAAGCUCUCUUCGAAGUGCCUUUAUUAAAACUGUUGGCUGCACACUGCAUCGUCAGCUACCAACACAUGAUUCCUGAGAAUGCCCUGGAGGAGAUUACCAAGAAGCUGGAUCCCAAUCUGGUUAUUGCUGUGACUAAAGAGGAUGUUCAGCUCAAGUUGUCUCAGUUUCCUGCCUUGGAGCUUGAUAAAUUCCUGGAGGACGUGAGGAACGGCAUUUAUCCCAUGACAGCCUUCGGGGUACCCAGUCCCCAGCAGACUCGACACAAAGCAGUCACAUCUCCUGUUGUCAUUCCUUUGGUCAAAACUCCCACACCUGAACCGGCAGAGCUUGAGACACGACGGGUUAUUCAGAUGCAGUGUAACUUGGAAUCUGUUGAGGAGGGAGCAAAGUAUCAUCUCACAUUACUGCUGAAACUGGAAGAUAAACUAAACAGACAUCUAAGCUGUGACAUGUUACCUCAUGAAAGUGUUCAAGAUUUGGCUGAAGAGUUGGUGCAGCUGGGCCUGAUCUGUGAGGUGGACCAAAUAAAAAUCUCCUCACUGCUUGAAGAGACAUUUAGCCAAGCUCUUCAGUAGCACAUAUCACCAGAACAUUUUCAGCCUUGUUACUUGCUCCUCGUGGAUGUACGGCAUUGAUUAUCAUAAAA